AUUAAAAAAUGUAUUAAAAGAAAGAGAUGAACUUAAAAAACAAAAUUAUGAGCAGCAUUGUUUAUUAACAGAUCAAGAAGAAAAAUUAAAUCAAUUAUUAAAAGUGAUUAAAGAAUUAUCUAUUAAAUAUAAUGAACAAAUGGAGACAAAUGAUACAAUGGAGAUUUUAAAAACUGAAAUUCAAAAUAAAGAUAUUAAAAUUUCUCAAUAUCAAGAGCAAUUAGUUUCUAUGAAACAAGAUAUUAGUGAUUUUUUCAAUAAUAUAAAAUACAUUUUAAACAAUUUAGAAGAGCUUAAUGAUGUUUGUGAAGAAGUUUGUAGUUGUACAAAAUGUAACUUGGACAUCGGUGAAGAAGCAAAUAAUAUAUUAUACAAUAUAAACAUUAUUAUGACAAGAUUUCAAAGUUACAAAAUAGAAAGACAGAAUUAUUUACAACAAAUAGGAGAUUUAGAACAUUAUAUAAAAAAUAAUAAACAACAAAAUUAUUCCAAUCAAAAUUUAAAAAAUAUAAUUUGUGAAGAAUUUUUUGAUGAUUCUAAAGAGGAUUCAAAAAAUAUAAGUAAUAUUCUUUAAAAUUUAUAUAUAUAUAUUAUAUAUUAUGUUGAAAAUCAGUAUUAUCAAACUCAUAUAUUUUAGUUAAGGACAACAUAGUUUUAUUUGAUGUAAGACAAAAUGAAAAUAAUUCAAGUGAAUUAGAAUUAGACACUAGUUCACCUAAUAAUUCAUUUAAUAAUACAAAUUUAUUAAAUGAAACAAUAAAUAAUUUCGAUUCUCAUGAAUUCCAAAAGGAAUAUGAUAAUUAUAUGAUUAAAUUGAGCAGAAAUGAUAAUAUAGAUAAGAUAGAAAAAGAGAUCAUUAAAUAUUUUACGCAUUUUAUUAUAAAAUUACGUUCUCUUACACAAAAAUUACAAAUAUAUGUAGAAAUUGAACGUCCUGUAAUGAUUAAACAAACUUAUUAUUUUUACGAAAUACUUAAAGAUACACAAUCAGCUAUUAAUAUGUCUCAAGAUAUAAUCUCGAAGAAGCAAGUAAUUUCUGAUUUAUAUAAUCAACAUAAAGAAGAACAAAUAAAAUAUAAUUCUUAUAUUAAAGAACUUCCUAGUGAUUUAUUACAGAUACAAAAUAAGAUAAAUGAAUUUAUUGAAGAAAUUUUAUAUCAGUUAUUAAAUGAAAUUUUAUAUACGGAAAAAAAACAUUUAUGUGAUGAAAAAAUUAAUCGAGCAAUUGAAACAUAUUUGAAAUCGUGUAUUAAUAAAAUAAGUACAAUUCUUCAAGGUGCUGGAGAUCGACAUAUACAAAUAAUUGAAAGAAUAGGAGAACAACAAAAAGAAUUAAGAAGGAAAGAUGUAGAAAUAGCUCAAUUAAAGAAGGAAAUGGCUCAACAACAAAGAGGAGAAGGUGAUUGCUUAAAAGAAGAAAAAUUUGAAAAUAAUAUUAAAGAACAGUUAUCAAAAAUGAUUAUAGAUCUUAAUAAAAAAGAUGAUCUUAUAUUGAAAUUAGAAGGACAAGUUGAAAUAUUUAAAAAUGAGUUGUCCAUAUAUAAUAAAGAUUGUAAUACAUUAAAAAAAGAGAAUAAAAAUCUAGAAAAUAUAAAAAAUAGAUUAUCAAAAGAAUGUCAACAAAGCAAGAAACAAUUAAUAAUGAAAAACAAACAAAUUAAAAAUUUAUCCCAGAAAGUUCAUGAAUUUCUUGAAACUAAAAAUUUAAAUACAGUUUUGGAAAAUAAAAUUAAAGAAAUAGAAAAAAGAUUAAUUGAUUUACAACUUGAAAAUAAUGAAUUAAAAAAAAAUAAUAUUCAAGCUAAUAUGAUUAUAUCUACAAAGGAUAAAACUAUAAUUAGUUUGAAAAGUAAUAUUGAUAAAACUGAUAAUAUUUUAUCACAAAAAGUUGCUGAAUAUGAAAAUACAAUGGAAGGGAAGCACUGUGAAAUUUUGAAGUUGGAAAAUGAAAAUAAGUUAUUAAAUGAAAAAGUAAAAGAUAUGGAACAUAAACUUAUGGAAAUGAAUCUAACAAUUAUAUCCUUAACUGAACAAAAUGAUAAAAUUAAUAUUAUAUAUACAAUGCAAGAGAAUCUAACGAAAUUGGAUAAAAAUGAAAAGAAAUUAAAAAUUGAACUCAAUAACUUAAGAAGUCAACUUAUAAGUGAUCAAAAUAAUAAUAAAAAACUUGACAUUAGCUUAGAUGCAUUUCUACGUGAAAAUGAAAUCUUGAAAAAAGAUGUGGAAUAUUGGAAAAAUGAAAUCUCUGAAUUAUCGACUAGAUUACGCAACGAAAUGAUAGAAGGAAAUUUAAAAAACAAAUUAUAUGCUCUUUCUAAUAAAAUAUAUGAAAGAUUAUUAAAUCUUAAAAAGCUACCUAACUUAGAAGAAUCAUCAAAUAUUAAAAAUUUGCAAGAUAAAUAUAUCAUAAUUCAUCAAGAUCGAGAAAUAGAACUAACUAUAGAUAAUAUAAAUGAAGAUUUCAAACAAAAAUAUAAUGAUCAAAAGCGAGAAAUAAAAGAAAAUGAAAUAGAAGAAAUUGAUAUACAAUUAUUGAAUAAUGUAAAUAUAAAAGACGAAUUGCUUAAAAAUAAUUAUAUAACGUUUGAACGAUUCGAUUCUUUGCAAGAUAAUAAUGUAAAUACAAAAUAUAAGGAAAAAAAUAUUACAAAUGAACAUAAUGUAAAUCAAAAUAAAAUGGAGAAUAAAGAUUUUGAAAUAAAACAUCCUAAAGAAGUCAUAAAACAUUUAGUGCAAGAAAACGAUGAUCUUCGUACUAUUCUUAAAUCUCAAAUGGAAGAAUAUCAAGAUAAAUUAAUAUUAAUGAAGAAAAAUUAUGAUAGUAGUUUAAAUGCACUUUGUGAGAGACAUAAAGCAAAUAUUGAAAUUUUACAAAAACAAUUUGAAGAUGAUAUAAAAAAUGAAAAAGUGUUUGACUCAGAAAAUUGGUUAUUAUCAUUGAAUAUGAAAGAAUUAAUGGAAUUGCAUGAACGAAUAAAUAUAAUUAUUAACAACAGCACUAAUAUAAUACACAUGGAAAAUGUAAAUCAAUGUUUGUCUGAUAAUGGUGUUCAAGAACAAUUUUAUACAAAAUUAAAUGAACCAGAAAAGAAAUUUCAAAUUUUAUCAAUGAAUGAAGAAGAAUCAAUGUAUAAUAAAAUGAUGUCAUCAAUUGUAAAGGAGAAAACUUCACAUUUACAAAAUCAAUGGCAAUUUAAAUCUUUCAAUGAUACUCAAAAGUAUCCAAUUUUACAAACACAAGAUUAUAAAUUCAAUUUAGAACACAAUUUUGGAUACUUUAAUGGUGAAGAAAAAUCUCUAGAAUUAGAAAAUAAAUAUGAGAAAGAAAAACAAAUGGAAAAAGAUAGCACUUUUGAUAAACAAAGAUGGAGUUUUAUUAAUCAAUGUAGUGCUUACCAUAAAUUGAGCAAUAUACAUGAAUAUAUUAAAACAACAGAUUAAUAUCAUUAAAGUUUUCAAGAUAAAUUUUGUUAAUAUAUUUUAAAAAAAUUUGUUCUUUUGACAAUAAAAUUUUUUGAAAUAAAAUUUGUCAAAAAUACAAUAUAUUUUUAUAAGAUAUUUAUUCUGAAUCUUAAUGUUAUAACAAUUUUGAUACUGUAAUUUUGUUCUCAUAUAAAUUAUAUUAUUAUAGUUUUAAAAGAUUUAAUAUCAAAUGAGAAUGCUUGUAAUAAAUUUUAAUAAAAAAUACAAAAUUAA